AUGGAUCGGAAGAGAGGAGUCAACGCACUUCCGCACAAAGGACAAGUAGUGCUGCUCAUGGACGAAGGAAUGCCGCGAAACUACUGGAAACUGGGAAGAGUCUUGGAGGUAAUCACCGCAGCAGAUGGAGUGAUUCGAGAGAUAAAACUCCAAACGAUCGUGGAUACCAAGACAGCAGAGAAGACAAGCGUUCUCAGAAGAGCAAUCAACCAGGUGGUUCCAUUGCAAUUGGAUGACACGGAUGAAGACAUCGAAGUCCAGUCAAAGAAAGACGACGAAGGAAAAUCAGCCAUCACCGAAUCCAAGCCAGGGAAAAGAUACGCAUUGAGAGAGCGGAAACCAGUCGAUUACACAGAAGAGAAGGUGCAAUCGGUAACGACGAGAUCAAUGAUCCCGACGAAGGCAAUGAUGAUGGCAAUCUUGACGUUACUGUCAAUCUGUGGAACAACGGCAGAGAGAAAUCCAGCAACAGCAAGCUGCAGUAACACUGUACUGCGAAUCCGAGGAGAUUUCGAGUCGUUCGAAGCAUGCGUCAGAGACUACUGUACCAGCUACAGCAGAUUCAAGUGGAAGAAAGAAGACCACACGGAUAUCUGGAUUCCUCCGACGAUGAAGCAACACAAGCAUCACGGAACAAUCAAGCUGUACGAUGGAAGUGUGAUGAAAGUAAUCGAGUUGGAUUGCCCAGGAGUUGAAUUCUGCGAGAGCAUCGAUUGCAUCCUAUGCUGGUCACUGAUCUUGAACCCAGAAUGUCACAUCUACUUUGCGAUUAUUGAAUUUGGAUCCAUAUUGUUUGGAUUAUUGAUGAUAAUUCACGUUACCUGCAAUGUUCCAAUAACGCUCGGAGCCCCAAUCAAGAUGUAUGCAAAAGGACUGAAGACAGUAACGCUAUGUGGAUGCUGGAGUAUCGCGUUGGCAAUUCGGAAAUGCAGAGGAAGACGUCGUCGACAGAGCAAAUGGAGAGAGUUGAUAGUGGUACUGAUUGUGGUACUAUUGACCCUCGGAAAGUUGACAAACGGAUGCCAAGAAAUAGACGUCAUGUCACAGUUCCAAGAAAUCUGUACGGAAGACAAAAAGUCGUGCAAGCAAGUCACAGAGCAAGUAAUUGACCUCAACAAUGCCAGAAGAGAAGGAUGUCUCAGAUUACAAGACAAUAGAACCACGAUAAGAGACAUCAGGAUCCAACUACAGGAAGUACAACUUCAAUGCACGAAGGAGACGAUCACCUACACUCAGGACGUUGAACUCAAAGUGGAAAGUUCGAAACGUUGUCCGCACAUGGGAUCCUGCACUGCAGACAAAUGUGGAAAGAUCAAGACGGACGACAAUCUACCGGAACUGAAAGCAGUGGCCGAGUACGUUGGAAACACAAGAUGUUCGGAGAGCUGUGGAGGAGCAGGAUGCGGAUGUUUCUAUCUCAGCUCGGGUUGUCUCUUCUUCAAGAUUUACGCCAAACCGGGAGCAGAGGCCCCGAUCGAAGUGUUCAAAUGCUUGGAAUACACACCGAUGGCCAAGAUCCUGAUCACAAUGGCGUAUCUGAAUUCGAGGAAGAACGGAGAAACGAUGAAGGAAUUUAUCCUUCCGAUCGGUACGACGGCAACGCUCCAAGACGUCACUGUGUCAGUGAACAUGAUUGUCACGCCACCUGCAGAAGUUUUGAACACAUGGUUCGUCAAGAGAGGGAACGAGACAGCAGUAUGGCCACAAAAUCAAGUUCCGAGUUUGCGAUGCGAGGAAGGACUGAAGAACUGCACACUUCAAGAGCAGUGCAACUGUCUCGCAGCGGAACAAAAAAUGAUUUGCCAAUUCAAGGAAGACGAGUUCCAAGAAGUGUUCAGAAGCCCAGAAAAACAUUUUCCAGUUCACGAAGGUCAUUGGAAAAUGAAAAUGAAGAACGAAAGAGUAUGGGCAAAGACGAACUCGGUAUCAGCAACGCAGAUCACGAUAAAAAUGGAAAAGAAGUGGAAGACGACAGUGGUGAAAUCAAUGGAAGUUUGUACCAUAGGAAGUGCAGAAGCCACAGGUUGCUAUACGUGCGAAAGUGAAGCAAGAACCGAAGUCAACUGCAUAUCGAGGACAGCAUACACAAUGGCAGAAGUACAGUGUGAAGAGGAAACCUUUACAGUCGCUUGUACACCAGAAGGAAGAAAAACCAAUCUUACUCUUUUUUCGGGAAAAGCAAGAAUAAGGAGGAACUGUUCGGUGGACUGCGGACAAGAAAGGAGGUACUUCGAAGUCACCGGAACGCUACGAUUCACAGGAUCGAUUUGGACUUCACUGUGGAGAGUUGUGGCGUCAAACGCCACGCUGUAUGAUGAGAUCAACAUGCCCGAUGUAGGACACAUCAUCAGCAGCUACCUCAACUACUUGAAGACACUGGGAAUGGUCAUCGCAAUGGUGUGUGGAGCAGUAGCACUGAUCGUGUACGCUCCGGAAAUCAAAGUGUUCCUACGAAUCAUAUGUCUGCCAUUCAAACUGGGCAAAGCAGCAGCCAAGUUUCACACCAAAUCAACAUCAAAUUGCACAAAAGGUUAACAACGAAAUUUCAGCACUCGGAAGAAUGGAAGAUUGCGUCAGUAGAGCAGCUGAGAAACUCAUAAAGGACACGGUCCGAGAGAUCAAAAGACUGAAGGAAGACGGCAGAAGACAAAAAGGAGAAGUCUACGACCAUAUACGAGAAAAGGAUUGGAUCGUCUUGGCCAUCACAAAGUCAUGCAGAAUAGAAGAAGAGUCCAGUUUGUACACACAGCUGAACGGAUGCAAGACGAAUUUAGGAUUCGCGGCGAACUCGUUCAUGAUGACGGCGGACAAAAUGAAGCAGAAGAUGGACACCGCAAGGAAGAUUGCCGAACUGGGUAUAAUCACGUGGUCCUAUUUCGUCGAACAACUCGAGGAAGUACACAUUCGAUGGGAAGCAGAAGAGGAAGAGAUCGAACUGACGAAGAGAGACAUUACCACUGUAGGGCUCGAAAUAGGGAAAGUGCUGGAGGAUGCAUGGAAGCAAAUAGGUACAAUGACGGAUCACAUCCUCCCAAUGAUCAACUUCUUGUCGAAGUCGAUCGAAACAGCCACACAAGCUCAAGCAAGGAAAACCGAGGGACUAGAGACAAUGAUGAAGACUCUCCUGGAGAAGUUCGAUUGAAUGGAAGAAAAGAUUGCGGCGGGGGGAGCCUCGUCCACAGUCACGACGACUUCAGACGACAUCGUGUUUGUCCCCAACAUGAAACCAACAGGACCUCUUGGACAACAGGAAGACAUCGACAAGGAAGGGCGGAAGAGAGAGCUCCAUCAAUCGGAAGACAAGCCAGCAUCGAAAAGACAACGAAUGGGAAAGGAGGAAGACUUUUCAAUUAGAAGAAUUGUGCCGAACGGAAGAUUUGGAAACGAACGUUACCGAUGGGUUUUCUGCUCAAUGAUGCAUGCGAGUGAUUCUUGUGGAGAAGUCACGUCUGUCAACGAUCGAAUCGCCAAGCUACACGCUGACAACCGAUGUCUCAAAUGCGUCAUGGUGAAAGGACGGUCCCACAACUGUCAGAACAGGAUGACCUGCAUGUACUGUCAUCGUACCUCUCAUCACCGAUCGAUCUGCCGGGAACCACGGAACGACGUCAUGGAAGAUAAUUGA